AACACGUAUUUCUCACGAUCUGGGACCAGCUCGAACCUCUACAGCUCCAUCCGCAGUGCAGAUCUGCGCCCAAUGCGGCAGCCGGCGGUUUGCCUGGCGCUGCUUCUUGUCCUCCUCUGCGGGGCAGAGGCCAAGAAGCCCGCUCCGCAGUCCAAGAAGUCCAACGUGUGCCUGAGAAACCUCUACGAGGUGCAGUAUCGGGUGCAGAACAACCGCUACGUGGACAAGUUUGCGCCCGUCAUCCUGGCAAGAGUGCAGCGAGACAUCCUCCAGGAGCUGCGUCAGCGCAAGGUGGUGGGCCUCUGCGCCCCAGUGUCUGUCAGGCUACUGAAGGGCUGCUUCCAUGCCUACAAGCAGAAGGGCAAGAAGGUCUCACUUGGAAUCUUCCAGUUUGCAUACAAGACGCAUUACAAGUGCAAGAACGGCACCCACAAGUUCUUCCGCAUCACCAGCCAUGCCAUCGUGAACCGGCACGGUAAGGUGCUCAGGGGCAAGGCCAGGAUUAAGCUGAUCCCACGGAGCCGCUACUGAGACAGGAGCGGCGUUGUGCACAACAGUUGCUGGUGUGCUCUCCCUCAUUCUUCAUUCUUGAUUUUUUACUGGAUUCUAUGCCGUCCAUCCUGCGGUUGUGCUUCCCGUCGUUGGCCACUCACUCGCCUGCUGGCAGACUCUGCUGCGAUGGGUGCAGUAUACCCUUCUCUUACCCUAACAUACUUGCAUGUGCACUAUACCUUGGCACCCGUGCUCCUCUAGUCCAUUCAACAUGUCGCUGCUG